AUUUGGGAGACCCCAAAUGGACACUGUUAUGGAAGCCAAUAUGCGUGCUGCUGGUCAAAGGCCCCGCACGGAGCUUGAUGACGAGGACUACUACCCCCAGGGUGGCUGGGACACAGUCUUCCUAGUGGCCCUGCUGUUCCUGGGGCUGCCAGCCAAUGGGCUGAUGGCGUGGCUGGCUGGCUCACAGGCCCGACAUGGAGCUGGCACACGGUUGGCCCUGCUCCUGCUCAGUCUGGCCCUCUCCGAUUUUUUGUUCCUGGCGGCAGCAGCCUUUCAGAUCGUGGAGAUCCAGCAUGGAGGGCACUGGCCACUGGGGACAGCUGCCUGCCGCUUCUACUACUUCCUGUGGGGUGUGUCCUACUCCUCUGGCCUCUUCCUGCUGGCUGCCCUCAGCCUGGACCGUUGCUUGCUGGCACUGUGCCCACGUUGGUACCCUGGGCACCGCCCCACCCGCCUGCCCCUUUGGGUCUGUGGUGGGGUCUGGGUGCUGGCCACGCUCUUUAGCGUGCCCUGGCUGGUGUUCCCUGAGGCUACCAUUUGGUGGUACGACCUGGUCAUCUGCCUGGACUUCUGGGACAGCGAGGAGCUGCCACUGCGCAUGCUUGAAAUCCUGGGGGGAUUCCUGCCUUUCCUGCUGCUCCUUGUCUGCCACGUGCUCACCCAGGCUGCGGGCUGCAGGACCUGUCGCCGCCACCAGCCUUGGCCUGCAGUUAGCCGGGGCUUUCCCCAAGUGGCCAAGACCAUACUGUCUGCCUAUGUGGUCCUGCGGCUGCCCUACCAGCUGGCACAGCUGCUCUACCUGGCCUUCCUGUGGGAUAUCUACCCUGGCUACCUGCUCUGGGAGGCCCUGGUCUACUCUGACUAUUUGAUCCUGCUCAACAGCUGCCUGAGCCCCUUCCUCUGCCUCACGGCUAGUGCUGAUCUCCGGGCCCUGCUGCGCACCAUCUUCUCCUCCUUUGCCGCGGCCCUCUGUGAGGAGCAGCCAGGCAGCUUCACGCCGGGUGAGCCACAGACCCAAGUGGACGCUGAGGGUCUGACUCUUCCAGGGCCAACAGCUGUGGCCCCACCUCUUCUGAGCCCCACGGCUCAGCCACUGUCAGAGCCUGCCCCUCAGCUGAACCCCACGGCCCAGCCACUGUCAGAGCCCAUGGCCCCCCCUCAGCUGAACCCCACGGCCCAGCCACUGUCAGAGCCCAUGGCCCCCCCUCAGUUGAACCCCACAGCUCAGCCACUGACAGAGCCCUUGGACCCCCCUCAGCUGAACCCUACAGCCCAGCCACUGUCAGAGCCCAUGGCCCCCCCUCAGCUGAACCCUACAGCCCAGCCACUGUCAGAGCCUGUGGCCUCGCCUCAGUUAAACACUGAGGCCCAGACCCCUGGGCCCACUGCCAGCUCAUCCCCCAGCCCCUGUGAUGAAGCCUCCCCUGCCCCAUCCUCUGAUCCCACCCCAGGGGUCCCUGAGAACCAAGCCACACCAUUUGCCCCUGAGGGGGAAAGCCCCAGCAGUGCCCCGCCAGAGGAGGCCCCCAGCACAGGUCCCACGUGAGGGUCCUGGAAUCCCGGGCCACCAGGGCACUGGAAGAGCCAGGGUGAGACAGAAAAUGGCCAGUCCGAAAGAUGGGGCUGUUGAGAAUGUCACCCUCGAAAACAACACAGAGUCCCUCUGGCCUGGAAGGGAAGAGUGGGGUGAAAACCCAAAGCCUCAGACUGUCUGUGGGGAGCAUCCCCUGCCCCGUCUCACCAAGCUCUUCCACAGGCACCACCAACACAGUUUCACAGCAGUCCCCCAAGCCACAGCUAAUGGCACCCUCCAGCAUCUCCAGACCCUGACACACUCCCCUGUGCCUCCCUCCCGUUGGAGGAAGAUCACGGGAGGUACUUUCCCUGGGCUUGGUCUGACCGCCCUUUGACCCUUCCCUCCCUUCCUCCUCCCUGUCCUGUCCUCCAGCCUGGACAUAGGAUGCCUAACACAAUAGCUCCUGCAGACAAAAGAGGCUUCUGCAGCCAACAUCCCCAAGCAGGAGCCUGUGGUCCGAGUGGCCCACAGGCUAGCCUGGCAUGGCCAAGCCCUCUUCACCAGUUUCCUGCCCCAACAGUCAAUGAGGCUGGGUCAGGACCAGUCUCAGCAAGGCAGCAGGUGAAAAGGCAAGAGCUGUCUGGCCUGGAUUCAAAUCCAGCUCUGCCAUGUCCAACCUAAGUGACUCUGGACAAGCUACAUCACCUUUUGAGCUCCUGUGUCAUCUGCUGUUGUGAGGAUUAAACGAGAAAGUGUGUAAGAGCCAACAAGAGCCUGGCACACAGUAGGGGAUCAGUGAACAGAUAUACAGAUGCUCUUUUCCUUAACUGGCAUACAGGGAUGGGUGGGGGAGGUAGAUGGGAGGGCCACGACCUGGCCUCCCAUCCAUGACCAGUCUGCACCAUGGACACCCAGGUGGCCUUAGAGAGCAAGGGGCUGCCUCUAUACCUUGGGAGGGGAGCUUCCAAGGGCUUCAAAGUCUGCCUCCAUUUAAGGAUUCAACUAGCAUUCCGUGCUCCUCAGUCCCCGCACAGGGCUGCACAGGGAUAGAGUACCCUCUUCCCCACUAGGGCAGGCCAGCUUCCUCCAUCUGAGCCUGAGGACACUGGUGAGAGUCUGUUCAAGCACAGAGAGCUCUGGUUUCCAAAAGAGCAAAGGCUCCUGGAGGUCACACAGCAUCUUAGGGCAGAAGCAGCUCUUCCCUCUCAAGCUGCAGACACUGCGGAAAAAUCUAGGAAGUGUCAAAGGUCUGUCUUUCCAUCUCCACCUCACUUCCCUUUUCAUGCCUGGCACCCAAACCACCCAGCUUUCUCCCAAGCCCCGGGGUUCUGAAGUUGUGCCCCCUUCCCUUCUUCACCCUUCUGUUUCUAUUGCUCAGCACUGUGGCCUUUAGCAACUGAGAGGUGCCCUACCAGCAGGAGCAAGUGACAUAAUGUUUUAGGUGCUGCCCUUCCCAGGGGUGCUUGCAUUUCAAAAAGGGAGCAGGCUGAGCAGGCCUCCUAGAGCGGUGCAGUUACAUCUGGAUUCUGGUGCCUAGCUCAUGCUCAGCCUCAGUUUUCUCCUCUGUAAAAUGGGGUGAUAAUGGUCCCCUGGGGGUUGGCAGUUAUGACCCCAGGAUGGGAAGUAUAUACUGGGUGGUACAGUGAUGAUGCUAGAAACAUCAUCGAAGUAUUUCUGAGUAAUGGAAUUGUGGGCACAGCAGCAGGUGAGAGAGCAGUUUCUGGACAGCUGGAAACUAGUUGAACUUAUUUAUUUAUUUUUUUUUUUUGGAGACAGAGUCUCACUUUAUUGCCCUUGGUGGAGUGCCAUGGCAUAACAGCUCACAGCAACCCCCAACUCCUAAGCUUAGGCGAUUCUCUUGCCUCAGCCUCCUGAGUAGCUGAGACUACAGGUGCCCGCCACAACGCCUGCUAUUUUUUUGUUGUUGCAGUUUGGCCGGGGCCAGGUUUGAACCCACCACCCUCAGUAUAUGGGGCCAGUGCCCUACCCACUGAGCCACAGGCACUACCCCAAACCAGCUGAAUUUAUUCACCCAACAAAUAUUUAUUGAGCACUUGCUAGGGUUCUGGCCUGCCUCCCACUAGGGAGACACAUGGGUAGGGUUAAGAGCAUGCACUCUGGGGUCCCUCUGGCGUUGUUCAAAUCCUAGCUCCACAAUCAUACACAACUGCCAACAAAGUUCUUGGUCUCUUUGAGACUUGGUUUCCCCAUCUGUAAAAUGAGAAUCAUACUAAUGGAGACCCUAGGAGUAUCGGUUCUCAUGAAGUGCCUGGAUCUUUACCUAGCACAGAGAAAGUGUUCAGUAACUGUUACCAUUAAUUUGAUUGCACCAGCAGACACUCCAGGCCAAUACUGAGCCACAGCUCCGAGUCCACGUGGCAGGUCACCUGCCCACCAGGUAUCAUCUCCCCCUCCACACUGCCCCCUUACUCACAAGAUCAGCUUUAACCCUCCCUAUCCUGUCCAAGUGCACACUAUGAGCACAGGGCCUGAACUUCUGUGCCCCUGUCCCUUUUUCUGGGUGGAGCUCCCAAAGCAUUUCCAUCACAUCAAACAGAUCAGGGAAUAAAACCUCAGGACCAGACACCUGCCUUCAGUACUGGUCCACACUCUAGUGAAAUAGUCCCACUUCUAAGGGAAAUUCCACCCAUAAGGGGUAAUUUCUAUCCAGGAAAAUGGGCUAUACCUGAAGGGUUUUGCAGGAUACAGAGAAGUUCUGAUGGCCCACAGGGUUUUGUGUUAGAGAAAAUGGGCACAAAAGAGGGCUCACCUGGCUGGGCGCGGUGGCUCAUGCCUGUAAUUCUAGCACUCUGGGAGGCUGAAGUGGGUGGAUUGCUUGAGCUCAUAAGUUGGAGCCCAGCCUGAGCAAGAGUGAAACCCCCCCUCCCCCAUCUCUACUAAAUAUCAAAACUGAGGCAAGAGGAUCUCUUGAGCCCAAGAGUUUGAGAUUGCUGUGAGCUAUGACACUGCAACAUUCUACCAAGGACGACAAAGUGAGAUUCUGUCUCCAAAAAAUAAAAAAAGAGGCUCGGUGCCCAUAGCUCAGUAGCUAGUGUGCUGGCCACAUAUACCGGGGCUGACAGGUUCAAACCCUGCCCAGGCCUGCUAAACAACAAUGACAACUACAACCAAAAAAUAGCCGGGCGUUGUGGCAGGCACCUGUAGUCCCAGCUACUUGGGAGGCUGAGGCAAGAGGAUCGCUUAAGCCCAAGAGUUUGAGGUUGCUGUCAGCUGUGACACCACGUCACUCUACCAAGGGCGACAUAGUGAGACUCUGUCUCAGAAAAAAAAAACCAAGGCUCACCCCCAAGACAUCCCCCAGCCCCUCACACAUCCCAGGGGGCAGGGCUCCUGUUAUCCUUUGGGAGAGUCCCUUCCUCUUUAGGUGUCAGACACCUCUCCCUCUGCUUCAUAGGGACCAGCAUUGAGUGUAAGAGGUGUUUUUGUUAUUGUUGUUGUUCUGCAGUUUUGGCUGGGUCAAGUUUGAACCUGCCACCUCCGGUAUAUGGGGCCGGCACCCUACUGCCUGAGCCACAGGCGCCACCCGACUGUAAGAGUUAAGACUGUGAGCAUCUUUUAAUCCUGCACUUAGGGCUGCUAUUCAUGCAUUCACUGAACAUACAUUACUUGAUCCCAUCCCGUGUGCUGGGUCUUGUUCUAGGUGCCGGGAAUACAGUGGGAAGCAAGACGAAGUCCUGCCCUCAAUUUGCCAACAUCCUAGUGAGCCAGGGCAGAUGCCAGUGUGCAAAUCGAUACAUAAUGUGACAUCAGGUGGGGGUUAAAAACAAUACAGUGGGAGUAAGAGACAGAGAGAGUGGGGUGAAGGCUCAAGGAGGAGGUGACUCUUCAGUAGAGACCUGGAGGAAGUCAGCGAUGGAAGCUUUCUAAGAUUUGGAGGAGCUUCUGAAUGGAGGGAACAAGAUGUGCCCAGGCCCUGGGCUGGGAAUGAAGGCGGAGAAGGGUGUCAGUGUCACUGGGCCACAUGCAGGGACAGAACAGGGGUAGAUGAUACAGGGGUGGGGGGCAGGGGUCAGACAGGCAUGGGUGAGGGGUGGAGGGAUGCAGGGGCAGUGGAUUUUAUUUCAGCUCCGUCCAUGAGGAGUUGGAGGGAGGGUUGAGAGUCAGAGAUUGAUAUCAUCUGGCUUGGGCUUUAGACAGACCAUCUGUCUGCAGCCUGGGGUCAAUGGAGAGUGAGGCUCUGGUGCUGUAGUCCUAUGUCCACUUCCUCACACUCCUGCCUGGGGCUGGGCCCAUCCUGCCAGUCCUUGGAUUUGUAGAGCAAUGGGAAAAGCAAGGUCUUUGGAGCCAAACAGAUGGUGAUUGAAUCUGGCUGGGAGACCUCAAGCAGGAACCUCCCCUCUCUGAGCCUGUGCUUCAAAUGCCAGUGGUAAAAGAAAUGAGAUGGAGGCGGCACCUGUGGCUCAGUCGGUGAGGCGCAGGCCCCAUAUACCGAGGGUGGCCGAACUGCAACA